AUGGAGUUUCCUGAAUCUGAACUCUGCUUUCUGUCUGAGAAGAUUGUGGACUUUGAUAGUUUGUCUGCUAAUGGUUUUGAAGUUAAGCAGUACUUUACAUCACAAAGAUGGGAUAAUGGAUCUAAUACUGAAGCUUCCACUGAAGAGGAAGUAAACAAAGAAAGUACUCCUGAACAUGUGGCUGAUUCUGAGCCAGAGAGUGAAGCUGGUGAGGAUUCUGAGAAAACCACCAAUGAAGAACAGAACAUAGUGGAUGUUGAUGAAGUUCCUUCUGAAGAAGAUCUGCAACCUCCACCUACUCAGAAGGGAAUUGGAAGAAGACUGAGAAGCAGGACCACUACACCUGCACCUGCUGUUACCACUACCCCUGUUGUCACCAAGAAAACAAAGGACACUACUCUGAAGCCUGUUAAGUAUGGUCCUAAGAAAGGAUGGAGCAAGCCUAUACCUCCUCCUGAAAAGAAAAAGGGUGUGCUGAAAAGGAAGAGUGCACCAUCAAGUGACUCUGAUUUUGAAGCUGAAAAGGAUGACUCAAGCAUCAAGCCUCCUGCUAAGAAGGCUAUGUCUGCUAAGAAGGCCAUGUCUCAAGCUGCUGCUCCUGACACUGAAGAUUUCCCUUGUGACAAUGUCUCAUUUCAUCUUCCAUCUUAUGCUCAACGAUGGGGAAUAAUAUGCAGAAGAAGAUUGGCCUUGGAAAGGGAACUAGGCAAGGAUAUUCUAGAGUGUGAAGAGAUUGUGAACUUGAUCAAUGAUGCUGGAUUGAUCAAAACUGUGUGGGGCUUAGGGUCUUGCUAUGAGAAGCUGGUUAGGGAGUUUGUUGUCAACAUUCCUAUAGGUUGUGACAAUCCCUUGGACAAAGAAUUUCAGAAGGUAUAUGUUCGAGGAAAAUGUGUGACAUUCUCUCCAAGUGUGAUCAACAAGGUGUUGGGUAAUGCUGAUGAUCCUCAUCCUGACAUAGAGGUAUCUGACAAUGUGGUCUGCAAAACUAUCACAGCUGAAAAAGUGAAAACCUGGCCCAAGAAGGAGAAGCAUGCUAAGACCUCUGUCACCAAGCAACCCAUUGCAUUCCCAACUUUGAUCUGUGACAUCAUCUUGUCCCAACAUCCUAAUAUAAGGCAUGAGGGUGAGUCUGCUAAGAAAAGGGCAACUCCUCUGGCCAUUCAUCAGAAGCUGUACAGUAAACAGCAUGCUCCAGAUAUUGUUGGACCAUCAAAUGCUGCUGCUGACACUCCUAUGACAAGGAAGGAGAUGAUUGCUAUGCUGGAAGCAAACUGUAAGGAGCUAGAUGAAAAGAAGUUGCAGUUUGAAAGGAUGAUACAUGCUCUCAGGGUUGAAGAGGCUGCAGUUCAAGCAGCUGAUGCAGGUGAUGAUGGUACUAGUGGUGAAGAAGAAGCUGACUCAGAUGCUGAAGGAGAAGAAAGUGAUUCCUCCCCAAGUGCUUCUGUGUAA